AUGGCGAAGUCAAAGGCUCCCAGAGUGAUAUACUGGCACCGCACCGAUCUAAGACUUCACGACUCACCAGCUCUCCACGCAGCGUUGGACCUCAAGCCAGAAUGUCUCUGGCAAAUCUGGACAUGGGAUAGCCAUUACGUCUAUCAUGCUCGCGUCGGCCCCAACCGCUGGCAAUUCCUCCUCGACAGCCAACGCGACCUCUCCGCACGCAUAACCGCCCUCAACCCGACCUCGCGCCUCCUCGUCCUGCGCGAGCCGCCGCAGACGCUCUUCCCCAAGCUCUUCCGCUCCGCCGCCUGGCGCCCCACGCACCUCGUCUACGAGCUCGACACGGACGCCUACGCGCGCGAACGCGACGCCGCCGUCGCCGACAUUGCCCGCGAGGCGGGUGUCGAGGUCGUCACGCGCCCCGGCCGCACGCUGUUCGAGCCGGACGCGUUGGUCGAGAAGAAUGGGGGCAAGCCGACCAUGUCGAUGGCGCAGGUGCAGGCUGCGGUUAAGGCGCUGGGGGUGGAGGUGCCGAGGCCGCUGCCGGUGCCGGAGAGGUUGCCGGGCCCGCCUGGCGGCGGCGGCGAGGUGGUGGUUGAUUUUGAGCAGGAGAGGCCCGGGGCGGUGCCGGAUUUGAAUGCGGGGAUGAGGGGGGGUGGGGAAGGAGGGGAGAGUGAGGAAAAGACGUACGCAUGCGGCCUCGCGGGGCCGAAGGGCGACUUCGGCGUGCCGGAGAUGAGCGAGCUGGGGCUGGCGGACGACGCGGCGGCGACGACUAUCAGGGGCGGCGAGACGAGGGCGCUGGAGACGCUGAGGAAGGUGUUGGAUGACGUCGAGUACGUCGCUACGUUCGAGAAGCCGGUGAAGGCGCCGACGGAGUGGGAUCCGCCUGCGACGACGGUGCUGAGCCCGCAUCUGCACUUUGGGACGCUCGGGGUUAGGGAGUUUUGGUGGGGUGUGAAGGAUGCGGUGGAGAAGUAUGAGCGGGAGGGGAAGAAGAAGGGCAGCGGGAUGCCUGUGAAUUUGGAGGGGCAGUUGUUGUUCAGGGAAAUGUACUUCGCCGCCCAAGCCCCCCUAGGCCACCGCUUCGCCCAAUCCCACAACAACCCACGAUGCCGCCACAUCCCCUGGCACCUCCCCAGCAAAAUCGACCCCACAACCAACCUCAUCAAGCAGGGUUCAUCACCCACCAACUACACCAUCGACUCCCCCGAAGCAGAACACUGGUUCCAGCGCUGGAAAGCCGGCGCGACGGGCUUCCCCUGGAUCGACGCGCUGAUGCGCCAACUACGACAAACAGGCUGGGUCGAGCACCUGGGCCGGCACGCGCUGGCGUGCUUCCUCACGCGCGGCGGCUGCUACGUGCACUGGGAGCGCGGCGCCGAAGUCUUCGAGGAGUUCCUCGUCGACCACGAGGUCGCCUGCAACGCCGGCAACUGGAUGUGGCUCAGCUGCGCCGCGUUUUUUGCGCAGUUCUACCGCUGCUACAGCCCCGUUGCUUUUCCCAAGAAGUGGGAUAAGGAGGGUGCGUUUGUGAGGCGCUGGAUCCCCGAGUUGGAAAAUUACGACAAGAAGUAUAUAUAUGAGCCGUGGAAGGCGCCGAUCGCGGACCAGAAGAGGUGGGGGUGUAGGGUUGAGGAGUACGAUGAGGGACUGCAUGGGGGAGAUAAGGGGAAGGAGGGCGCGAAGUCGUAUCCGAAACCGAUGUUCGAUUUUAACGAGAGGAGACAGAUUUGCAUUGAUGCGAUAAAGAAGGCGUAUGAUGUCGGGCUGUACGGAGAUGAUCAGAGGGUGUUAGACGGGACAUGGAAGGAACUGUUCGAUGACGAUGCGGAGGGAGCCACAAGCGGCGCGCCCAAGCAGGAGUAUGAAAUUGAUGAUGGAGAGGGGGAAGUCAGAAGUGACAACACUGAAGAGAAACAGAAGAAUACGAAAGGAAAGGGUGGGACGGCUAAAGCUGGGCAGAAGAGGCAGAGUAGCCGUGCUGGUCAAGGUACGCUUGAUGGCAUUGUGAAGAAAUCAAAGAAGAAGUAA